CUUGUCAAUUCACGAAGCUGGCAAAGGGUAUUGGAUGCGAUCGCAGUGCGUGACAACCCUUUUCAACGUUCCCACUAAACUCCCCAAUUUUCUCCCCCAAUAAUCAAAAACAACACAAUUUUGUUUUCUGCAUAAUUAUGAGCCUCUUCGGUCUCGGCAGGAAUCAGAGGACGUUUCGUCCGAAAAAGAGUGCACCUUCAGGGAGUAAGGGGGCACAACUAAGGCAGCAUAUUGAUGCCACUUUGGGUAGUGGAAACUUGAGAGAAGCUGUGAGGCUUCCUCCUGGAGAGGAUAUAAAUGAAUGGCUUGCUGUCAACACUGUGGAUUUCUUCAACCAGGUGAAUCUUCUUUAUGGAACCUUAACUGAGUUCUGUACGCCAGAGAUUUGCCCGACCAUGACCGCAGGUCCAAAAUAUGAAUACCGAUGGGCUGAUGGUGUGCAAAUCAAGAAGCCUAUUGAAGUUUCGGCUCCAAAGUACGUAGAGUUCUUGAUGGAUUGGAUUGAGUCACAAUUGGAUGACGAGUCCAUCUUUCCUCAACGACUUGGAGCGCCAUUUCCCGCCAAUUUUAGGGACGUUGUGAAAACGAUAUUUAAACGCUUGUUUCGUGUAUAUGCGCAUAUCUACCACACGCAUUUUCAGAAGAUUGUGAGUCUUAAAGAAGAAGCCCAUCUAAACACUUGUUUCAAGCAUUUCAUAUUGUUUACAUGUGAAUUUUCUUUGAUUGACAAGAAGGAACUAGCCCCUCUUCAUGAGCUUAUAGAAUCCAUUGUCACUUAUUGAAAUACCUUUGCGUUUUACGUACCCUUAAGUUUGAUUAUAUCGGGGCUGAAUAAGGUGUUGUCGUUACAAGUUGUGCUAGACGUUAUCUAAUGUGUUAUUUAUCGCGUGUUUGGUUUCAUUUUUGUUCGUCUGUCUGUGCAUAUGUAACAAAAUUAUAACCGUACCGCCUUGCCUACU